UAAGACAUCAUUUGAAUUUGAAGAAGUGAAAUAAAAAGGGUCGUGUUGCGUGGAGAAAAAGAAAUGGUAUAAAAAUAGGGGUCGCAUACCUAGGGCGUUUCCAUUCUUAAUUUUACCAGAGGACUGGUUGCUUGGAUGCUGAACAAUAUUUGAAGGCAGAGAAUAUCUUCCGGUAUGAUUCCCGCUAUUUCUAUCCUAAUACCAGGUUGACGAUCUAGUGGCCGUCUUGUUCUCUCAUGAAAGGUCGUGUACAUAUCUUGGUCACUAAGCAAGUGAAGGUAUAUGACAAUUUUUAGAUUUUUCCUCAAUUCUAGAAGCAUAAAUUGUUUCCGCCGACGUUUAUCAAGAAUCAUGAGAGUGCUUCCGACAAUUAUUGUGGUUGUAAUUUUUACCAGUUGUCUGUGGCUAAGUACGACGUUAGCUUGCAAAAUAAGAAGUUGCAGCGAUUGCAGAAGAUGUGGAUCUACACAACCGGGGUGUCUAUCGUGUUUACGCGGACUUGCCUCAUCGGGUAAACGUUCAUCUCCGGAAUUAAUAUGGCCUUCCUAUGGAUUCCUCUCAAGUCCCCAUCACCAAAAGAGUUUCUUCUCAAGAUAUGCAGAUAUGGAAUACGGAAACUUUAAAUCACAGAAAAAAGAAUCACAGUUGAACGGUUUACGAUAAGGGAAAGUCCAAACUGAAAACAUCGUGGAAGCAGUAUUGCCAGACGUGGAUGGGAUCUAAAAUUCUGAAUAUGAAUGCAAUUGGACUCAUUGAGACUCAUGUGACUUAAUUCAUCCUCACCCUCCCCCCC